AUGGCCACGAGCACAGCAUUUGCGAAGAUCAAGGAAGGGCUGGAUGCCAUCAACGACUGUGGGAGGCUUCGGAUAAAGUGGCCGAGAACGGAGCGGGAACUUCAAGCGAAGGCGCAGGGGUUUGCUGCUCGGAGUUCCCAACUUGACCCUGUCCUGAAGCGCUACAAGGGAUUUUGACGCUGGCUCUUUUCUCAUACUUUAUAACAGUACAAAGAAAGAAAACAACCUUCCCGCCGGAGGAACCUGGUCCGUUGUGCUAGUAUCAGUAGAGGAUAUCAUCAAGAGGUGUCGUGCGUGCUUGCACGUUCAGGUAUACUACUGGGGCUGAAAUAUCGAAGGUCGCAGCAGCCUCUGAAAACGGUCCGAAAUCUGCGCCGGAACCAAGCGGAACCCAACACUUAUCACAGCGUGCUCACCACCACGGACCGCAAACCCCUCAACUGCGGGUUGUCAGCAGUAGCUGGUGGCAUCAGCUACUGCUGUAAACCUGCAGUUCAGAAGAUUGGGUUCAGUGGCGGCGAGCACAAGCAGUACAAGACACUGGGUGUCGAUCUAACUUGCGGAGAUUUGCGGAGAUUGUGGGCCACUACAACGACACUCGAUACCACCACCACAGAAGAAGUUUUGAGCGCGCCAACACACCCCCCCGCUGCUAUAGGGUGUCCUCUAGUGAUAUUGGUACAAUGGACCAGGUUCCUAGCAACACCGGCCUUAUUUGAGCGCCUUCCGUUUGGACUCUUUUGACUUGAAUUUAGACUGGUGUGGAUUUUUAUCUUGGUUUCAAACGAUGCGUGUGGAGGUAGACGCGCGAAAAGCACGUUUUGAGCGGUCUCUACUGCCGCCCUGUGCCAGAAUUUUGGACUUGUUUUUUUUGCGAUGCCUUCCGACUGGUCGUAUGUGUCUCUAGUGCAUUUUCUGGCGCUCUUGCGUUUGUUUUCGAAAUUAGGCAACAUAGCAGGAGGUUGUCCGGGUACCCUUAACCCGCUGCAGUACACCGUUGGGGAACACAAUCACGCCAUGAAACCCGCCCUUGCCAUCACACACUUCCGUGGAGACAGAGUACAGAACGCGCCCGCAACCAAGAAACGUGACAUAUGGGUUGAGGCUCAAUUUCAUAUUUUCGACCGACCUGCCAGCCUUUGUUGCUGAAAUCAUUUUGCCGUUUCUUAUUUUUUGGCCUUGCAGGAUUUGCUUGCAGGAUUUGCUUGUUUCUUGUAUAAUGUACCGUUUGUCCCGCCGACGUUGAAGCCGUCACCCGUCUCCGUGUCUAGCGCGGGAAGCUGCCGUGGUUCUUGCGUCUCGCUGCAUUUGAUUGCCCUUUGCUUGAAAUCAAGACCUUGCCACCAUCUCUCACACAGCAGUUCUCGCCAUGACCCAGGCACACACCUCGACGACAAUCAAUCGCGCAACAGAAAACGAACUGAUGUGGCUUUCCCUCCACUGUGCCGUACAGUAGUGGCAUUCUCCAAAAGACAAACCACACGAAGUAGUUGAAAGAGAGGGACCCAACAGCCAUUCCGACAUUACGCCGAAUGCUCCGUGCGGCGAACAUUUGGGGUUGUCGCCUCCUAGACCUCCUGAUCCUUGCCUCCUCCUGCUCUACCUCCAGCACCCACGCACCAACGCCCGCGUCUGUCUGUCUUCAUCAGAACUGUGAAACCAG